CUGGCGGAGCGGAGGAAAGUAGUUCUGUUUCAUCUCCUCCUUCGUUUCACUGCAAAUUUUGACAUUUCUUUCCAGUGGUUGCCGCAUUCCCGACUUGAUUAUUCUCCAUCCUCGUUAUCUAUAAGCUGAGUUAAAAUGUCGACCCAAAUACUUCCCAUUAAAUUUCAAGAACAUUUACAGCUCACAAAUGUCGGUAUUAAUCAAGCUAGUGUCAGUUUUAACACCCUUACAAUGGAGUCGGACAAGUUUAUUUGUGUUCGAGAAAAAGCUGGAGAACAAGCACAAGUCGUAAUCAUUGAUCUUGCAGAUCCCACCAAUCCGAUCAGACGGCCCAUCUCAGCGGAUUCAGCCAUCAUGAAUCCUGCUAGCAAAGUUAUCGCACUCAAAGGCAAAGCAGGAUCUGAAGGAACGGCUGCAGCUCAAAAAACACUUCAGAUUUUCAACAUAGAGAUGAAAAGCAAAAUGAAGGCUCAUACAAUGACGGAUGAUGUAGUGUUUUGGAAGUGGAUCUCUCCCAAUACUUUAGCUCUUGUAACUGAAACAUCGGUUUUUCACUGGAGCAUGGAAGGUGAUUCAACUCCAGUGAAAAUGUUCGAUCGACAUUCCACCCUGAAUGGCUGUCAAAUAAUUAAUUACAGAACUGAUCACAAACAAAACUGGCUUCUGCUCAUAGGAAUAUCUGCCCAGCAAAAUAGAGGAGUUGUUGGGGCUAUGCAGUUAUACUCGGUGGAAAGGAAAUGUUCACAGCCAAUUGAAGGGCAUGCUGCCUCUUUUGCCCAAUUCAAAAUGGAAGGUAAUCUGGAACUAUCAACCUUGUUCUGUUUUGCAGUUCGUUCAACUCAAGGAGGCAAGCUGCACAUAAUAGAAGUAGGACAGACCCCUAAUGGAAAUAAACCGUACAAGAAAAAAGCAGUGGAUGUUUUUUUCCCUCCAGAAGCUCAAAGUGAUUUUCCUGUCGCAAUGCAGGUCAGCGCAAAAUAUGACGUUAUCUACUUGAUCACCAAAUAUGGCUACAUUCAUUUGUAUGAUAUUGAAACAGCUACAUGCAUCUACAUGAACCGAAUAUCUGGUGAUACUAUUUUUGUAACAGCACCGCAUGAAGCAUCUGGAGGCAUCAUUGGAGUCAAUCGCAAAGGACAGGUGCUGUCUGUCAGUGUUGAAGAAGACAAUAUCAUUCCGUACAUCAACAACGUCCUCGGAAACCCAGAUCUUGCCUUACGAAUGGCAGUGAGAAACAACUUAGCCGGUGCAGAAGAAUUAUUCAUCAAAAAGUUCAACGUUCUAUUUCACAAUGGAUCUUACACAGAAGCAGCUAAGGUUGCUGCCAGUGCUCCUAAAGGCAUCCUUCGGAUUCCCCAAAUUAUUCAAAGGUUUCAACAAGUACCAACGCCCUCAGGCCAAACUUCUCCUUUAUUGCAGUAUUUUGGAAUUCUUCUAGAUCAGGGUAAAUUGAACAAACACGAAUCCUUGGAGCUGUGCCGUCCAGUUUUGGCUCAAGGUCGGAAGCAGCUGUUAGAAAAAUGGCUGAAAGAAGAUAAAUUAGAAUGUUCAGAAGAAUUGGGAGAUCUUGUCAAACAAGCUGAUCCAUCUCUAGCCUUAUCUGUGUAUUUACGUGCAAACAUUCCCAGCAAGGUGAUCCAAUGUUUUGCUGAAACUGGACAAUACCAAAAAAUAGUCCUCUAUGCCAAAAAAGUUGGUUACACGCCGGACUAUGUCUUCCUUAUGCGGAAUGUUAUGAGGACGAAUCCGGAACAUGCCGUUGCCUUUGCUCAGAUGCUGGUACAAGAUGAUGAGCCACUAGCUGACAUCAAUCAGAUUGUAGAUGUAUUCAUGGAACAAAAUCAAGUUCAGAAUUGCACCGCAUUUUUAUUGGAUGCCUUGAAAAAUAACAGACCCUCUGAAGGGCCUCUGCAAACUCGAUUACUUGAGAUGAAUCUGGUCUCAGCUCCUCAGGUGGCCGAUGCAAUUUUAGGUAAUCAAAUGUUCACCCACUAUGACAGAGCCCACAUCGCACAGCUCUGCGAGAAGGCCGGCUUGUUGCAGCGUGCUCUUGAACACUACACAGAUCUUUACGACAUCAAACGUGCUGUAGUCCACACUCACUUGCUGAACCCAGAAUGGUUGGUGAAUUAUUUUGGAACCCUAUCUGUGGAAGACUCACUGGAAUGUUUGAAAGCUAUGUUCCCAAAUAUUAGACAGAAUUUGCAAAUUUGUGUCCAGAUUGCAACCAAAUACCAUGAACAACUUACGACCAAAGCAUUAAUUGAACUUUUUGAAUCAAACAAGUGUUACGAGGGUUUAUUCUAUUUCCUAGGAUCAAUUGUUAACUUCAGUCAAGACCCAGAUGUCCACUUUAAGUACAUUCAGGCUGCAUGUAAAACCAGUCAGAUCAAAGAAGUUGAAAGAAUUUGUCGUGAAUCCAACUGUUAUAAUCCCGAACGUGUCAAGAACUUCUUGAAAGAGGCAAAAUUAACAGAUCAGCUCCCUCUCAUAAUUGUAUGCGAUCGUUUUGACUUCGUCCAUGAUCUUGUGCUCUAUUUGUACAGAAAUAAUCUCCAGAAAUACAUUGAAAUCUAUGUACAGAAAGUGAACCCAUCUCGUCUACCUGUUGUCAUUGGAGGACUUCUUGAUGUUGAUUGUUCAGAAGAUAUAAUAAAAAAUCUGAUAUUAGUCGUACGAGGACAGUUCUCAACGGAUGAGCUUGUAGAGGAAGUUGAAAAGAGAAACAGGCUGAAGCUGCUGUUGCCGUGGUUAGAAUCUCGAGUGCACGAAGGUUGCAUUGAGCCUGCCACUCAUAACGCCCUUGCCAAAAUUUACAUUGACAGCAACAACAAUCCUGAGCGUUUCCUGAAAGAGAAUCAAUAUUAUGACAGUCGAGUCGUAGGAAAAUAUUGCGAAAAACGUGACCCUCAUCUUGCCUGUGUCGCCUACGAAAGAGGUCAGUGUGAUUUAGAAUUGAUCAAUGUCUGUAAUGAGAAUUCUCUCUUCAAAUCGCAAGCCAGAUAUCUGGUCCGUCGACGAGACCCCGAACUCUGGAUUGAAGUCUUGAGUGAAAACAACCCUUACAAACGCCAGCUGAUCGAUCAAGUUGUGCAAACAGCUUUAUCUGAAACUCAAGAUCCUGAAGACAUCUCUGUGACUGUGAAAGCCUUCAUGACUGCAGAUCUACCCAAUGAGCUAAUUGAAUUGCUUGAAAAAAUCGUUUUGGACAACUCUGUGUUCAGUGACCAUAGAAAUUUGCAAAACUUGUUGAUUCUAACUGCAAUCAAAGCUGAUAGGACUCGAGUCAUGGAGUACAUUAAUCGCUUGGACAAUUACGAUGCCCCAGACAUUGCCAACAUAGCUAUCAACAAUGAAUUAUACGAAGAAGCCUUCGCCAUUUUCAAGAAAUUUGAUGUAAAUACAUCAGCAAUCCAAGUUUUAAUAGACAAUGUCAAAAAUCUUGACCGUGCUUACGAAUUUGCGGAAAGGUGCAAUGAACCAGGAGUAUGGAGCCAGCUAGCAAAAGCUCAGUUGCAACAAGGACUUGUCAAAGAGGCAAUUGAUUCCUUCAUAAAAGCUGAUGAUCCGUCAGCAUAUGUAGAUGUUGUGGAAACAGCUCGUAGAAUGGAAAGCUGGGAAGAUCUUGUUCGUUACUUGCAGAUGGCUCGCAAGAAAGCCAGAGAAUCUUACAUAGAAAGUGAACUGAUCUAUGCGUACGCUCGCACUAACAGACUAGCAGACUUGGAGGAGUUUAUCUCAGGUCCGAAUCAUGCUGACAUCCAAAAAAUUGGAGAUAGAUGUUUUGACGAUGGCAUGUACGAACCAGCAAAGCUUCUUUACAACAAUGUGUCAAAUUUUGCCCGUUUGGCCAUUACUUUGGUGCAUUUGAAAGAAUUCCAAGGUGCAGUGGAAAGUGCUCGCAAAGCCAACAGCACGAGGACAUGGAAAGAAGUUUGCUUUGCAUGUGUUGACAGUGAAGAAUUCAGACUUGCGCAAAUGUGUGGUCUUCACAUCGUUGUCCACGCUGAUGAGCUAGAAGAUUUAAUAAAUUAUUACCAGGAUAGAGGCUAUUUUGAGGAACUGAUCAAUCUAUUAGAAGCUGCUUUAGGCUUAGAACGUGCUCAUAUGGGUAUGUUCACAGAGUUAGCCAUCUUGUACUCAAGAUACAAGCCACAGAAAAUGCGAGAGCAUCUUGAACUUUUUUGGUCCCGUGUUAACAUUCCAAAAGUUUUGCGUGCUGCAGAACAAGCUCAUUUGUGGGCUGAACUUGUCUUUCUGUACGAUAAAUACGAAGAGUAUGAUAAUGCCGUCAUUGCCAUGAUGAAUCACCCAACAGAAGCUUGGCGAGAAGGUCACUUCAAAGACAUCAUCACCAAAGUUGCCAAUAUUGAAUUAUACUAUAAAGCCAUCCAAUUUUAUCUGGAUUAUAAGCCACUCUUGUUAAACGAUGUUUUGUUGGUUCUCACGCCCAGAAUGGAUCACACAAGAGCCGUUAACUUCUUCACUAAAGUUAAUCACCUACAGCUGGUUAAACCGUACCUACGAUCAGUACAGUCCCUCAAUAACAAAGCCAUCAACGAAGCACUGAACGAUCUUUUGAUUGAUGAAGAGGACUACCAAGGUCUCCGAAUGUCUAUCGAUGCUUUCGAUAACUUCGAUACAAUUGCACUUGCUCAGAAUUUAGAGAAACACGAAUUAAUCGAAUUCAGGAGGAUUGCUGCUUACCUCUACAAAGGAAACAACCGGUGGAAACAGUCCGUGGAGCUUUGCAAGAAAGAUAGACUUUUCAAGGAUGCAAUGGAAUAUGCUGCAGAAUCCAAGAAUGCUGAUAUUGCGGAAGAACUCCUGGCAUGGUUUUUGGAGCGAGGAUCAAAAGACUGUUUCGGUGCUUGUCUCUUCCAGUGCUAUGAUCUCUUACAUCCUGAUGUCAUUCUUGAACUUGCCUGGAGGCAUAACAUCAUGGACUUCGCAAUGCCUUAUUUAAUUCAAACUAUCAGAGAGUACAUCACCAAAGUGGACAAAUUAGGAGAGGCGGAAGCGAAACGCGCUGAAGAACACUCAGAGCAAGAUGUCAAACCUAUGAUCAUUCCAGAGCCACAGCUCAUGUUGACUGCAGGGCCAGGCAUGAUGGCCCCUGGCUAUCCCUCCGCUUACACCAACUCCUACGCUCCUCCUCCCGGCAUGCCGUAUCAGAAUUACGGAAUGUAAUCUCACCGGAGAAAAGUCAUUAACGAUCCUCUCUACUAAUAUUAAAGAUGUUAAUAUUUAUAUCCUGUGUAUUAUCUCAGUUCCUAGGGUCAAGGAAUAUGAAAGGUAUAGAAAAAUCAUUAACUAGGAAGUUGAACUUAGGAGUUAAUUCAAUCAAUGAAGAGGCGCUAUUUAUAAAAACGAAACGUCUGACGUUAUUGUUAAGUUUGGCUUCAUCUCUUAGGACUCACUAUGUUGUCUGUGUGUUUGUUCAAUUUUUCUUUUGUGCUGUUGAUAUUGUAAAACCUCAGAAUCUGUAUAGUUGUAAGUUAUUAAAAAUCCCAGUGGAUUCUGGAUUUCAUGGAGCUGUGACUUUCACUACACUCCAGUGUUCUUAUACAAUAGAACUUUGUAAUUUGUUGGCUUUCAGAUGUAUUCUAUUUAAUGUAUUUUGAUCAUUAGAUGAAUGAUUCAUUGUUAUCUUUUAUGUAUCAAUAAUAUUUACAUUGAAAUUAUCGUCCUCUUUUAUAUUAUCCUAUUUAAUUGUAUUAGAAUUGUAAUUUCUUUAUUUUUACUUCAUGUUUAUCCCUCCCUUUUUUUUCUGUUAAGACAAUUAUUACCUAGAGAUUUUAAAAUGAUCAGUAUAUAAAUAUUUAUACAAUGUUGAUAUAUUUCCUUUUUUUGUUUACAUACUAUUCAUUUUAUUUUAUUUCCAGCUUUUCUUCAUUAUCAGACUGUUGUAGGAAAUAGUCCCAAAAGAAAAUCUGUACAAUAAAUAUGUAGCAUAAUUUAAGACUCAA